AUGGCCGACGACGCGGACGACGACGCCAAGCCCGAGACGGACCUGCACAAGAUGGAGUUCGUGGCCAUCGACGGCCGCUACCGCGCGCUGCCCCGCGGUACGUCGAGCCAGAAGGGCGCGACGCUCGGCGACUACCACUCGCCGCUGCCCGACGGCUGGCAGCACAAGGAGAGCUCGUCGCACCCGGGCAAGUUCUACUACAUCCAGCCGUCCGGCGGCGCAGUGUGGGUCCCGCCGCUCGUGCGCACGGGCCACCUCUACGCGUGGAAGCUUCUCAUCUACAUCGAGUUUGGCCCUGGCAAGCUCGGCAUGAACCUCCGCUCGAUCGUGCAAGGCCCGGACAUUCCAUGGCAGCAGUUCCAGGUCGAGAUUCACGCGCUCGUCAAGCUCGCGAGCGGCCUCCCGAGCCCUGCCGAGAUGUACAACUGGAGCGUCAAGCCGGAUCGGCGUAUCUACCCCGGCUUCCGCAUGGUCGAGAUCCAAGGCACGUCGAUUGCCGGCUACUCGUACAACGAAGUCAUCGAGAAGAUCAGCCAGACGCCGCGACCCGUCACGAUCGGCUUUUGCGACAUUAGCCGCGGCCUCAAAGGCGACCCGGUCGACGACGAAGAGGACGAGACCGAGCUCGAGCCCGAGGAAGAGAACAAGCUGCGGCUGCGUGCGAUCGAGUCGGAGCACAUGAAGACGCUCGUGGUCACGCAGCUGCACAAGGAGGUGUGGGCCAUGGACACCACCCACCUCGUCUUCAACGAGGCGGCAUCGAUUGCCAAGGGCCGCGUCCUCGAGAGAGAGAUGAAGGUUCUUCGGAUGGUCUCGACGAAUUACACGCACGAGAUUGCCCGCCUCGUGCCCGAGAAGGACGGUCUCCAAACCCACCUCGACCAGCUCGAGCUCGAGCGCCGUCACACGAUCCAGCCGGCCGAAAUCACCAAGUGCCAGAGCCUCACCGCGCGCCAACAAGAGCUCCUGGACACCAUCGAGCAGCUCGGCGUCGAGAACAAGCGGCUCCAGGACACGUUUGCCGAGCGCACGGCGCUGCUCGAUCGCAUGUAUGUGGAGCUCGAGGACGAGGUCGCGACGCCCGAGCGCAUCUCCAGCAGCCAGCUCUUGGACGAGUACAACAUCACGGGCCCGCCGUUGCAGAAGAUCGACUACUGCCACAUGCUCUACUUCCAGCUCCAGGAAGCGCUCCAAGUCGAGCAGGACAAGGCCAAGCUCGCCCAAGAGGAGGUCAACCAGCUCUCGCGCCACCUCGAAGACAUGAACAGUCGCGAGAGUGCCGUCGCCCUCGCGGCUGCGUCCUCGGACGCGAUUCUCGGCACCUCCAGCAACGAAAGCUCGAUCCGCGACCUCGAAAUGAAGCUCGAGUGGCUCCGGCAUCAACUGCACAAGACGGUGGCGACGAUCGCCAAGGCCGAGAAGCGCGGCAACGAGAAGAUGGCGAAAGCAGGCUUGCGCCGGCGCAAUCUGCUCAAGUCCGAGAUCCAAGUCGUCCACGACGAGCUCGCGUCGAAGCGGUCGGCCCGCGGCACACAGCUCUCUUGCUCGACCGAGGUCGACCUCCUCGAGCGCAAGACGUCGUAUUUACGCAACGCCUUGCGAGAGACGGUCGAUGCGAUCGCCAAGACGACAGUCAACGACGACCGCGCCAUGUACCUCGCUCGCAAAGCGUUUUUGAAGAAGGAGCUGCAGACAACGGGCGAGCGCAUGCAGGAGGUCGUCCACAUGGAAGCGCUCGGUGGGCGCCGAAGCAGCAACAUCCUCCGGUCGCCACUCCAAGCCCUCGCAAGGAAAAGCCUCGCGUUCGAUGACGACGACGACGAGUACGACGCCAACGACUUUCGGACGUCGGCGUUCGUCGACUCGCCCGACCUCCCCGGUACGCCCGUCGAGUUUGCCGAGAGCUUGUCGCCGGUGUCGGAGUCGCCUCCGAUGCCCGCGCAGGUGCCUCGUACCGUAGCCCCGCCGCUGCUCGCGCUGGACGCGUCACCAUCGGUGCCUAAAAUGCCGCAGAUGCCACCGCCCCCGCAAGCGCCGUUUUUACCACUGCCAACAUACAUGGCGCCUGUGGCGGCGGUCGAGACCCCGCCGACGGUGCAGUCGCCCGACCAUGGCUUUGCAGCGCAGCUCACGGACGCGCUCUCGGUGGUCCGCGACUCGCAGCGGCUUUCGCUCAACUCGCUCCAUGACGAGCAGCCGUCGGCGUCAGACGUCGACCGGAUCACCGAGUCGAUUCGGUCGCUCCACGACAACGACGUCGACACGGACAACGAGAACGACGACGACGUGUCUGCGGCAAGGAGACUGGAGCAGCUCAAGAAGGAGCUGCGCAUCGUGUCGGCGCAGCUCGCGAGCACACCACGAUCCCAGUCCCACGUCAUCUCCAAACUGCAUCGCGACCGAACCCGCCUCAAGGCCGCGGUCUCGCAAGCCCAAGAUCAAGUGCUUGUCGAGGCCCUCCAGCAACAACUGCGCGCCGCCAUGGCACAAGCCACGCAGGCCGCCGCCCAAGGCGACCGUGCACGUGAGAUACACUACAAGCGCAAGGCUGCCGAGCUUCAAACAGAACUGAGCGCCGCCACGGACCGGCUCGUCAUCGCCGCCAAACCGACUCCGUCGCUCGACGACCUCAAGAACGACUUGCGGGCCGUCGUCAAGCGGAUCGCAGAGCCGAACGGCUGUGCGAUGGAAGACCUCCUCGCGCAGAAGCACGAGCUCAAGAAGGCGAUCGUGGCCAAGCAGCAAGAGAUCCUGAAGGAACGCGCCAAGCGCGACGAAGGGCUCUCGCUCGAGGAGCUCAAGUCGCAGCUGAAGCAAGUGGUCAUGGCCAUGACCAAGGACGUCGACAACAUCAUGCUGCAGCAGCGCCGCAAGCACAUCAAACAACGAAUCGCCAAGCUCCAAGAUCGGCAGCACGGCAGCAGCGCCAGCAGCAACGGCCUGCGAUCCGAAAGCAGCAGCAACGACUCGGCGCCGCACGACUACCUACAGCAGCGGGCGCACAUGAACUCGACGGAGCUGCUCGUUGGCGACAUGGACCGCGCGCGCUUCAACGCAACCGAGCUGCUCGCUCGCCCCGAUGUCGACGCGCGCCGGCUCAACCACACCGAGCUGCACGCUGACGCCCGGCGGCGGUUUGGCGGCACAGAGCUGCACUCGGGCAGCUCGUCCAUGAGCUCCGAGGGCAAGCGCCGGUCCAACUCGGUCGAAGGACGCGGCGUCUCGAGCCACAGCAGCGUCAGCAGCAGCAGCAACAGCAGCAAUGGCAUGCGCUUGCACGACCCAGCCGACUACGCGUCCUUGACUCUCGACCAGCUCGAGCACGAACUCCUGGUCGUGAAGGAAGCAAUGCGAGCGCCUCAACUGGAUGGACUCACAAAGGACCGGUACCGACGACAACUCUCGGAGCUCAACGCGCGCAUCGCACGCGCUGAAGCCGACGCCAAGCGCGACAGCUCUGUCCUGCGCUCCGAGCUUGCGGAGCUCAAGCAGCACCUCAAGGCCGUCGGCACGCGGCUCGAAGAGACGACGCACGAGAAGACGUUCCGUGCGCUACUACAAAAGCGCGCCGACCUCAAAGGAAAGAUCGCGCGCCUCGAGCAGCAGCUGGUGCCCGAGAUGCCACCGGCGCCCGCGCCACUGCACCCGAACGCGUCGCCAGCCGAGAUUACCAUGUACAUCUCGGGGCGCAAGCGCGAGCUGCGCAACGUCGUGCAAGAGCUCAUGAAGACGACUAAAGACAAGGACAGCGUGAGCAGUAGCCACUACAUGGCCCGGCGAAAAGAGCUCAAGCAGGCGAUCCUCACGGCGCAGGAAGCUCUGCAACGAACGUCGGCCGUCACGACGGCAUCCACGGACGCGCCGACGUCACGCCCGCCGAGCGAAGCGAUGCCAGAGACCAUGGACGCGCCAGCCGUCGAAAAGCGCAUUGCGGGUCUCAAGCAGGAGCUGCGCGAGAUUGUGUCGGCCGUCGCCCAGCCCACGGCGUCGACGGCCCAGAAGCCCGAGCUCCUCCGCCGCCGCAGCAUCGUCAAAGAACACCUCGCCGCCGCGCAGGACCAUUUGGCUCAGAUCACGUCGCCCGACGUCGAGAAGGCGAGGCACGAGAUCGCUGUCGUGCAGCAGUAUAUUGCGUCUCUCCAAGACGACCUCGCUGCAGUCCUCGCCAAGAUCAACUCGAAAGCGCCGGCCGAUUUGGCCAAGUCGUCGCUCUACAUGAUGCGGCGCAACGAUCUCAAGAACAACCUGAGCUUCGCCCAGGAUCAGCUCGUGGAGCUGACGCAAAACCUCAAGGCGGCGCUGGCAAAGGCGCGGCCGAUCCCGUCGCGGUCGUCGACGGCCUCGUCGGACAAGCGCGACUCGUCCAAGGCCGAGGUACUCGACGAAUCGAUCCCGCUCUCGAGCGAGGAUCACGUGCGCAUGACGCAGACGUACAACGCGCCAACCCCGAUGCAGACGGGGUACCUCGAGCUCGAGCCGCUCUCGCUCGAGCCCUUCUGCAAGGGCAAGUUCGUCUGGUGCAGCAUCGAGGCCAGCGGCUGCCUCUGCUGGUACAAGAGCCAGCGCGACCUCAAGCACGUGCGGGGCUAUGUCGACUUGGCGAAGACCUCGGCGCGGAACGUCUUUGUCAACUACGCGCGCGGCAACACCUUUGACCUGCAUGUCGUGAGCCCCGGCUUGCUCGCCAACACGGAAGAAGUCUCGCGCUUCAUUGCGCCGUCACCCGCCGAAGCGCAAAAGUGGGUUCGCGCCAUCAACGACACGAUCAAGGUCCUCGAGACCGCAACGCCGAUGGGUGCCGACGGCUAUGGCCGCAACUCGGUCGUCUUUUAA